CUACCUACUCAUAUCUGAUUAAAGAAAUUGACAAGUGUGUUUAUCCUGUCAUUUUGUAAUUAAAAUAUUUCAGCUUUAUUUAAAAUAUUAGUUAAAAAGUGCUUAAAUAUUUAAAUAAACAACAUUUUUAUCUAGUUGAUAUUCACUUAUUGACAUAAGGGACAUAAAUAACAUUACAAAUUACUAUAAUAGUGCAUUUCCAACAGGAGAACAAAAUGGAAGAAAAUAAUGAGAAGGAAACAACUUAUGCCCAGGAAGAGCCAACGACAACUGCAGGUCAACCGUUAUCUGAUUUUCUCCUUCAAUUAGAAGAUUAUACCCCAACGCUUCCUGAUUCAAUUACGGAACAUUAUCUGCGUACUGGAGGAUUCAAUACUACAGAUGCAAGAAUUGUUCGUCUAGUUUCUUUGGCGGCACAGAAAUUUAUUUCCGAAAUAUCAAAUGACGCUCUUCAACAUUGCAAAACAAGAGGUGCGAAUUUAAAUACAAAAACCAAAAUAAAAGAUCGUCGUUAUACAUUAACUAUGGAAGAUUUAACUCCCGCCGUCGCAGAAUAUGGAAUAAUUGUCAAAAAACCACAUUAUUUUGUUUAAUUUCCUUCUCUGUGUCUAUAAUAAAUUAAUUACACUCUUAGAAUAA